AUGUUGAUUUCCAUUCUCGCACAUCUUGUUGAUGCAAAUCACCGAAUCUAUAGCAAAGAAGCCUUUCAGAUUGUCUGCCGGACACCAGCAAACGUUUCCAAAGGGCCCACACAAACGGGCGCUAUCUACAGCACAAGCAGUGGCUGUACGGCCAGCGAAUCCAGCGCUAUGCCGUCAGAAGACGUUGACACAGGCUUCCUGUCUUCCGUGGCCAACGCCGACCCAGGAUGGUUAUCUCGCGUCACCCCAACCCCUGAUUACAGUGCUGUGUACUCCACGUACUCGACUUACAAACAGCCUUACUCACAGCCUAUGUCCCCCCAACUUACCCCAAUGACCACAACACGCGGACCUCGCCAUGCCAGGUGUCGUGGAAACGAUGAGUUCCAAUAGUCCCUGAAACAUUUAUAAACCCUGUCAAUUUCUCAUAUUUUCACUUUCCGUGUAACUGCGUAGACCUGACGAUGAAUUGCCGAAAACAUGUGUUUCCCAAAUAUAUUUUUCAAGUGCAACAUUGGAAUAUUCACAGAAAGAACAAACAAGCCCCCUUGGUUGACUUAGUUAAAACUGUUUGACUCUAAGCCUAACUUGACGCUGCCCAGCCGUAGUCAGCACCCUAACCCUAAACCUUAGUCCAGCCCUUAUCCUAUCAAUAACCUUAAUCUGCAUCCUAACCGCAACCGAUGUAAGCAAAGGCUAAAUAUGCCUUAGGCAGGUUGAUGACAUCGCGUCUGUCUUGCUGGUAACAGUUUUAUUACAACAGAUUCAUAUAAGCAGAGAGACGCUGAUUCUCCCCACCCCUUCAAAUUUCCGUGGGCUGCUCCGACAUCGGCAGACAUGAUGUUUCCGCCCUUCUCUCUAGACAAGGAUUUCUAAGUCUUUGGCACUUUUAUAAGGCCCCAUCUCGAAUAUGCAAUUCAGGCAUGGAGACCGUGGACGCAUCAGGAUUACGAUCUGCUCGAAAGGGUGCAGAGACGAGCAACAAAAUGUAUAAGAGGUCAAAGUGCACUGCCAUACGAGAUCCGUUUAACUAACCUUAAUCUCUAUCCUCUGAGUUAUAGGCAGUUGCGCGGAGACAUGAUACAAACUUUCCGUAUCGUGCGCGGCUUGGAUUGUGCCCUUCGGCGCGAUGACUUUUUCCAACUCGCCACUACAACUCACCUCCGGGGACAUACCUUCAAGCUACUUGUGCCACAGGGUAGACUGAAUGUGAGAAAAUAUUUCUUCUCCAGCCGUGUCGUGGAACCGUGGAAUAACCUGCCCGAGACGGUUUUUAUGUCUCAAUCUGUGGAGACAUUUAAAUGUCGCCUUGAAAGAUAUAUGCUGCAGCAACAAGCGGACUAUGUGACUUUUUAG